GUUAUAGAUUUAGUCAACACCACUAACUGUUCCGUCUGUUCAUGUCAGUCACUUGCUGUCAUAACGCAAGCUUGAAAACUCUUCCUACCUGGCACACCAGGCAAGCAAAAACAAGUGUGCCUAGGGAGAGUUUGCAGUACAGAGGCAAUGGUCUGUUUAUGUUCGAGGCCUGUAUGAGCUGAGGACUAUCACUGUUUAUGUUUAGGCUUUACAAUGGCCAGUGAGGGAGUUUCAAGUACAGUGUCCAGCAAGACAGGUGAGCUACUGGGUUGUGUGUCAGGUGUCUCAGGCUCAUGUGACACUGGGCAGAGUUGUGAAUGUGAGCCAGAUGUGUGUGAGCCUCCAUCUCUGGAGGAGCUGGAGGAGGUGCUACAUUCAGCCCAGAGCUCCUGUAGGCACGGAGACGAGGUGUGGCCCAACCUAUACCUGGGGGAUAUGUAUAUGUCUCAUAACAAGUAUGAGCUGUGGAAGUUGGGCAUCACUCAUGUCCUGAAUGCAGCCCAUGGUAAGAUGUGUUGUAAAGGCAGUGAUGAUUACUACGGUACCACAGUCAGCUAUUACGGUGUUCCUGCCAAUGACCUACCCACCUUUGACCUCUCACCUUUCUUUCACCCUGCUGCUCAGUUCAUCCACCAGGCAUUAAAGUCAGGAGGCAAGGUGUUAGUGCACUGUGCUGUAGGAGUGAGUCGGUCGGCUGCGUUGGUCCUAGCCUUCCUCAUGAUCCAUCAUCAUCAUCCUCUGCUGGCAGCCAUCCGGCUGGUGCAGCAAAAACGAUGGGUGUUCCCCAACAGAGGCUUCCUAAUGCAGCUUAUUAACCUGGACUACACUCUUCACAGAGAGAGAAGGGACUGAAUACACACACACCAGACCUGGGAUAACUAUAGUUUUGAAUAUUAUUUGUGGAAAGUAACUAUACCUGUGACUAUAGAUCCCAAAAAAUGACUACUUUUUAAAACUAUUUGAAUACAGAUCUCAGAAAGUAACCACUCUUUAACUAAUGGUAGGGUUGUAUCUGGAACAUAAACUAUUGGAUUAGCUACCUUUAACUAAAAGCAUGGCUGUAUCAGGUAAUGCAUGUUGCAGAUAGAAAUAGAAUGAAUAGAGCAAACACAAUUCCCUACACUAUUCAAAUCUAUCUUUCAGUCGAUCAUAUUUGUUGUACAUAAUGCAUUUAUAUCUGAACAUUCUGUACAUUUCCAAUCUCCUGAACAGGCCCCAGGUGUAGAAAAUCAAGUCAAACCAAUUAUAUUUUGUACAGAUAAAUAUAAAUAAGUUGUGAUGCUCAACUA